CGUUCAUCACUUCUUUAUGGAUUAUUUCUCGAAAUUCUUGCGACCAAAUCCACAAUCACCGCCGAAGCAAAUAUACAAUCACGCUGCAGAGUAUCAGAAAGCUUGGACGAUUAUCUAUGACACGCUCACUCAUCCCGACGAGCGACAGCUCGCUCGCGGGAUCAGAGCAACAGCAGUCCCAGCAGCUUUGAAGACGAUGGUGGACUCGUUGGUUUGGGAAUCUACACGAAUGGAAGAAGGAAUGACGGGCGCAUGCAUGGAAUAUUUACUGAAGAAUGAUGUUCUGGGAACACUUGUGCGAUUGAGCGAGCCCGACAGGCCGUCAGGAAUCCAGGUCGAAGUACUUCGCACUGUACAAAACAUGGUUGUUCUCCUAGACGAACAGUUCCUGGUGCAUUCAGUCGUGCAUCGAGCUGUGCUGCGACUCCUCAAAACGUGCGUUGGUGACGAUAUACAAGAGCAACUCGAUGGCAGGAACCGGGUAAUGGGUGCCGCUGGAAAUGCUGUGAGAGCCUCUCCAACGGAAUACGAGGAGGACCUGGUAGAUUUGCUGUGUCUGCUUUGCAGCCGUAUCCGAACGUUCCGGGAAUUGCUCAUGAUUUUCUUUUACGACAAACAUUGGUACCACGCCGAGACACUCGCUUCUGUCCCGGAAGAGGAUGACGACGACGAGACUGCCGACGGCGCGGAUACAUCUACUGAUAACGACGGAAAUUCAACUGGCAAUGUAGGCUCUGAUGCUUCUAUCUCAACACCGCGUGCAGCCUCUCCGACCCCAUCGCAAUCCACAGUAACCUCCGCUCCUGUUUCAUCGCAAACAAAGAAACCAGAAUACGAAUUCAUAUUGCUGAAUUAUUUGCUACGCUUCGUCCAUAGAGAAGGGAAGAUCGGCGAGUUCGCGCGUGCUGGCCUUCUUUUCUUGAUGGACGUAGCAAUGUCUCCCGGUGUUCCCGUGCAUCGAAUUGGCGGUGACAUUGUCAAACCGUCUCCAUCCUCUUUGUCUAUCCAGCAGCAGCAGACGUCGGCAUCAGACCCUGUGGCUGAUGCGGCUCUGGCGCUUGCUGAAUAUAUACUAGAUGGAGAUUUUUGCGAAGUUCUAGGGGCUGGAUUAGGCGCCGUCUACUCUUUACUGCCUUCGAAGCUCGAAAUCCAUAUGGAUCCGCAACACAGACCCCCACACUCACAGCAAAGUACAAUGAUCAUUGGCGGAACAGGGCGCCUGUCAGAAGAAGAUUGGGAAAAAUUCGAAGUCGCACAGGAAAAGGCGCGGGCAAAUGGAAUGGAAUAUUCAUCAAAUCCCGAGUUCAAGGCUCGAUUGGAACACUUUGUGAAAUUGUUGGAGUUUCUGCAGGACGUGGUGAGGCGAAAUGUCGUUAGCAGCAAUGAUGACGGGAAUGUCGAACCCGCUUCGUUUGUUGGCUCGGCGAUCGUACAGUCCAUCCUAGACUCUGUCCGCCGGAUCUUCUUGGAAAACGUCUUGUAUCCAACGAUACUCGAGUGUUCCGACGCCGACGGGAGUGCGGUCGCCGUCAUGUCGUACAUAGACGUCAUGUUUCGCACUAUUCAGGAUCAGCAAUUCGCGGAGACCUUGAUUGACUUUCUCGUAACCGAGGAUGAUAACGACUCUUUGCGCCACAGGCCCCGUACACGACCGACGCUUCUUCUAGAUAGUGCAAAAUCCGCUCCUCCCGUAAGCACGAGGGACAAGAAAGCCAAGCGCCGUAAGAGCAGCGCAAUGAUGCUCCUUGAGAUGGAAGCUCCAGAUGCGCGAAAGCAGUCAGAAUACUUUACGUCAAUUGGGCGCUUCACGUUAAAAGAUCUUCUUCUCACUGGCAUGCGAUCCACAUCGCACGCGACGGCGACCACAGCCUUGCAGUUGAUGCAGACUUUAUUGGUCUAUCACUGCCACUUGUCAGUCGACAGGUUAUUCAUUUUUUCUUAUGAUCCUAUCGAGUCAUCAUCGCCCAGUCAUCCAGAACAGAAGGUACUUUCUGAAGAUGAAGAAGAAGUAUUUUCGUAUCCUGGUGCCGAUGCUGAGCAGACACCAAGACCAGACGCAUCCUUCUCUGAACCAGAGCUGGAAUCACGUGUUCCUGAGACUUCGUAUUCGAUGCACGAGCAAGAGCUUGGACUUUAUCUGGGACUCGUCGCUCGGAUAGAUCCAGCACACGGAAGGGGCGCUUUUAGCACUGGCUAUAAUCACUAUUUACGUGAUGCCAUUGUCUCAAUAUCUGAUCAUUCAUGUUCAUCCUGUACCUUGGAUAGCACCGACAAGAUUAGCCCCAGGCACCUUCUUGAUGUAAAUGACCCGGUGCUAUCACUUGUCCUACAAUCAUUCCGACACUUUUAUUCAAAUACCCCUGAACAGAAUGUGGCUCUAACUGGAAUGCUGGCGGCUAUCUCAUCUUGCCCAGAGCGAUCUUUGAAGGGAUGGCUCCUUUUUGGCACGGACGGUAGCUCUCAGCCUCUGAAGAAAGAAACAAGCCUUCCGGAGUUGUCCGAUGACGGAGAUGAUCGGUCAGUAGACUUCGGUGUGAACGAGCGGCUGGAGAGAAAUGAGCUGCCGAUGCCGAUUCACGGCGCAGGACCACUUUCUCAGCCUGUUGUUCUUUCAAUCCUACAAGGUCUAGUGUCGAACCUCGACCGGUUCCGCGAGCUCCUGCCGCACUUCGAUUCUUUCCUCGCAGAACGCAGGCAAGGGCUUGUCUUCUCAGAAAAUUUAACGGAUGCUUUAAGUCUUUCUUUCGACUUGUCGAGCAAUAUGGUAGGAAUGGCAAGCAGUCCAAGUUCAACCCACAUGAAUGCCGAGUCAACGCCCCCCCAGAAAACGAAGCCGAAGCCGCGUACCGGCUGGGCAUCUUUCCUUACACCGAAGAAGAGCAAGUCUCGGGCAAUGUCCCCUUCACGAUCAGAUUCUGCUAGUGCGUCUCCAUUGUCGAUGGGAAAGACGAUAGAAGCAAGUCCUUUCGGAUCGCACUACCAGAAGACAAGUGCCAUCAGUGUAGAGCCCCUACCUGCUCCGUUACCAUCUUCAGGUCCCUGGGCACCAUCAGAGAGGAGAUCCUUCAACAUGGAUGAAGAAGAUGUGUUUGGUUCUUCGGGUCAAUGGGGUGAGGAAAAGCGCUCUGAGCCGAGCGGGUUAACCCGUGCACCAGAACAGGAGGAAGGAAGUAAGAGAGUGACCCUGUCGCAAUUAUUGGAUAACGUGGUAAUUUUGGAAGAAAGUAUUAAGGAGCUGACCGCAAUUAUUCAUGCUCGACGUAGCCUUGGAAUAGACUAUCUUCGAUAUUUGUAAUUGUAUUGUCC